AUGGGACACCUUAGGACUGCUGUAUGUCCGCCUCCACCACCUAUGCCCGAAAUGGGUAGCGAACUACCGCCGCCGCCACCUCCUCUUCCUGGCGGUAGUGGUCCACCUCCACCACCACCUAUGUCUGGAACGACGUGUCCACCUCCUCCGCCUAUGCCUGGUUUAAAAGGACCUCUACCUCCACCUAUGUCUGGAAUAAGAGGACCUCCACCACCACCUAUGCCAGGAAUGGGUCCUCUACUACCAUCGAUAAUGGGGGCAUUAUCUCCAUCGUCUGCAGUGAUACAAGUUUUGCCUCAUGGAUUAAAACCGAAAAAGAAGUGGGAAGUAGAUGGACCAUUGAAAAGAGCAAAUUGGAAAGCGAUUUUACCUCACAGAAUAACAGAAAAGUCAUUCUGGACAAAAGUACAAGAAGACAAAUUAGCUAGUCCGGAAAUAUUAGAUGGUCUUGUACAGAAGUUCGCUUCCAAACCGAGCGGGAAAAGAAUAGACGAUGUAGUUGAUAAGUCAGCCCCAACGAAAAAAGUAAAGGAUCUCAAAGUUUUAGAUAAUAAGGCGGCUCAAAAUAUAUCAAUACUUCUCGGUGGGACACUAAAGCACAUGCCUUACGUGGAAGUAAAAAGAUGUUUAUUUCGAUGUGAAGGACCAGUUAUUUCUGACAAUAUAUUACAAGGAUUAAUUCAAUACUUACCUCCGCCAGAUCAAUUGUCAAAAUUACAGAUGUACAAAGAUCAAUACGAUGACUUGACUGAAGCGGAACAGUUUUGUGUUACGAUAUCUACAAUAAAACGGUUAUUACCCAGAUUGAGAUCAUUAAGCUUUAUGUUGCGAUAUGAAGAGCUAAUACAGGAUAUAAAACCUGACAUAGUGGCAGCUACAGCAGCAUGCGAAGAAGUGAAAAGUAGCAAAAAGUUUGCACGAAUUCUUGAAUUAAUAUUGUUACUCGGAAACUAUAUGAAUUCCGGUUCCAAAAAUGGCCAAGCAUUCGGAUUCGAGAUUAGUUUUCUUACAAAGUUGACCAGUACUAAAGAUGUCGAUAACAAGCAAACUCUUAUGCAUUAUUUGGUGGAUACGAUAGAGAGAAAGUUCCCGGAAUGUCUCAGCUUCAUUGAGGAAAUAGCACAUGUAGACCGUGCCAGUCGAGUGUCUUUAGAAAAUGUUCAGAGAACAUUAUGUCAAAUGGAGACCAAUAUCCGUAAUCUCGAACAGGAUCUUACGAAUGCCAAAGUUCCACAGUGCGAUGAGGACUUAUUUAUAGAUGUCUUGAAACCAUUCGCCAAGAAAGCUAGAGAAUCUUACGAGGUUCUGCAAAAUAUGUUUAAAAAUAUGGACACUUUGUACACGGACAUCUCAGAAUUCUUCUCUUUCGACAAGCAGAAGUACACUAUAGAAGAAUUCUUUGGCGAUAUCAAGACGUUCAAAGAUGAUUUCUUGCAAUCGCAAAAGGAGAUAAUAAAGCUGAAGGAGGGCGAGGAGAAACAGAGACGGACGAGAGAAGCACGCGAAAAAGCAGAAGCAGAAAAGGCGGCACGAGCUGCGCGUAAACGCGCAUUAGUCGAUAUGAACGCACAUGAGACUCAGGAAGGUGUUAUGGAUAGUCUAAUGGAAGCGCUGCAGACUGGAUCAGCCUUCAGUAGGCCAGACCAACGACGCAAGCGACAAACCCGCGUAGCUGGUGCGGAAAGGAGAGCGCAACUAAAUAGGAGUCGAUCACGUACUGGAUUAGUCGGAACUGGCUUACUAGGGAGAGAACUUUCGACAGAGCUUUUGAGUUCAGCUUAAUCUAUUGGAAUACAUCCUAUUUCCGUCCUAAACUCAUUGCUGUGAUGAUUUUACACGCAUUGGAACAUUAAUGAGCAGGAGAACAUGCGAUACGGUAAAUCAAUAUCCAAGAGAGAGGAAGAUAAAAAAGAGCGACAUUCCACAUCAAUGAUCUUCCAGUGUAGAUCGAAUUUUUGCUAUUUCGAAUUGAGUAACAGUCUUCCUUACAUAGUUAGGUAUUUGGUUUAUAGGUGUUUUUUACUUGUAUAAAUACAUAUGUGUGUAUACGGAUUUGUAUAACGAUAUUUGCAUUAAUACUCGCUAGAGUAAGUGAGAGAAUUUGUUCCGUAGACGAUACUUCGAGAUGACGCGAGAAGGAAUUCGUCACUAGCAAACGCAUUUGUAAAUACGCAUAAGAUAAGUGCUGAUGACGAAUUGACGAUUCGUUGAAGCUGCUCGUCAAUAUAGUUCGGCACACACUUUCAUUGUUCCAAGCAUGUUUACAAUCAUUUCUGUGAAUCAGGCGGCGGAUUUCGCAUUUAUUUAUGUACGUGGUUGUAAAUAUAUUUCAUCUCGAGAAUCAUAGAUACAUACGUAGAUGUUGCGAUUCGAAAUUAUUCCGAUAUUACACGAUAUAUUUGUAAAAAUUACAUUUUGUGAACAAGUAACUUUUCCGUUACAAAGCGAUAAUACAUCAUUCCUUCGGUAUUCUUAACGAAGAUAUCUCAUAUACUGUAUGGACAUUUUUAUACGACAAUAUUUUUAUGUAACGAGGAAAUUCGUAAUUAUCGCUUAUUUUUAUUUCUACGUUAUAACGUUAAAAUAAUACUAGUAAUCAUAAUGACUCUGUCGCCAGCUCGAUAAAACGACCGCAAAGCCUGCAUAACUUAACAUUUACAUCAUCCGUUGCUCAUUUAAAUCUCAAUAAAAAUAUUUACAAUAUAGUCUGAAAUUCUAUUGUAGUAUAAAGAAAGAUUUGUAUACUAAAUUGGCGCACAAUUUUGCGACAUAUUUUUUAUAAUUGUGGUUUUACCUUGUCUAUCUUUUUAGAAAAAAGCACCUGUAUUUGCAUUUUUUGUAACGGAAGCAUUUUACUAUGUAACAGUAUUAAUCUAGGGGGGAGCAAAAAUAACUGAAAUUACUCUUAAGGGAAGUAGUUUAUUCAACGCAACGUUCGCGUUUUGUGAUAUAAUUAACGAACCCAAAAACAGGCUCAUGGCAGUCGAUCAGUACUUUUAACGGUGGCUUAAUCGAAUGCUCGUUAAAGAAACUCAGAGUAAGAGAUAAGUAGAGAGAGAAGAAAAUCUUAGAAAACGGGAUACGUGGCGAUGUAAACACUAUGAAUCUAAUUUAACUUUUUUCAACGCUUGAUAAAUUAGCAGUAGAUAACACGCGACAUUUAUAUAUUGGAUUGAGUAAAAAAUAACUUCGUAUUUUUAGAAUUUAAUGUCAUCUAUAAAUGCGAAGUUAUUUAUUACUCCACCCAAUAUGAUAAUAUUUUUUCAUCGUUUUUAUACAAAUAAUUGAAGUUACCAUUGUCGAUUGGUUGAAAUUGUGCAUAUGCAAGUACCAAAUGUGAAUCGUGAGAAUCCCAACUGAGAUUCCCCACGUGGAUUCGUGGUGUUGAUGGAAGGCCACCGUUUUCGUUGACGGGCGAUUCGGGCAUUUCAUCAAGCCAAUCCAAGUAUUUUAAUGUGCGUGUAAUUUGUAUAAAUUUUCUAAAUUUUAUAAAUUUUCUUGGCCUCAAGGAAGAAGCUCCUGUCAUAACUCAAUUUGUUAAAGCGAUAUUGUAACUUUUUAAAAUUUUUAUAAGAUUAGAAAUUCAUUAUUGUUGUAUAAAAAGAUCCGGGAGGAACACGAGGGAAAUUUCGCCGUUGUGGGAUAGAUGUACCGUGUUGUUUAAUUAGCCAACAGUGGUCUGCCGCAUAGUAAGGACGGCUAUGUCAGGCACGCUUGAAAUGUCUAAUGAAAGGCAACGUAACGAACCGGUUCUCGGAGCUGUAAAAAUUAUGGAAGUAUCUCUACGAGAGAGUACUGCCGCAAGUUCUCUAUGCAGUUAAUUUUCUGACGAUUCAUUUCGGAUAUGUCCGUUCUUUGCGCGAAGUCAAUCGAACGUCUUCUGUAUCAUAUCGGCGAUGAAACAUGGGUUAUUACGUAAUUACUUUAUGCAUAUUUUAGCACAUGCUUCUAUAACGAUUUUCUACAGAGUAAGAUAGAUAUAAAAAAAACACCAGCCGUAAUAUUACCCCGAUGUGAUUGUACGUGUCUGUACAAAAAUAAAUUAUGGAAAUAUAAUUUGUCUAUCGAUCGGAUCUCUCAACGAACGAAUGAUUUGUUAAUAUUCUAGAGUUAGGUACAUAUGUUAAGAACAUAAAUUAAGGUCUAAUUGUAUUUAUACUGUGAAUAUACGCGGAUUUAAAUAAUAUCAGUGUAUUCAUUACUAUUCUGUGUCUUAUUUCUCAAUACUCAUGGAAUAUUUAGAGAUAUG